CUUCGAGCAGGACCCAGAUGCUUCUCCCCCAGCAAAGUUCAAAGUUGUUUUCGCUGCACACGACUGUCCGUAAAAACAGCGGCCGCGCAGCAGUGAACAAGUACUCAACAUCAGUUCAACAGUGAAAACUUCAAAGUGCACCCGACAAAGAACGCAAAACAGUGAAAAAAUAUUAAAUUGCAAUACCAGCUCUUGGUGAAAAGUGUUCUUGUGUUUCUCCCACGCGUAAAUCUAAUUAACUUCAACGGAGUAUCGCCUCAUCCAUUUGCAAUCAAAAGAAGAACACGAGAAUCCGCUUAUCUUUUCGCCAGAAGAAGGGGUCAUAAAUUACAAUCAGCAUAAGCGGAACGAAAACGACGAAAUGAGCUCCAAUCUAACGCAAACAGUCUUAACGGUGCUGAACGUCACCACCAUGAAGAAUACGACCGAAUCUGGCCUGGGAGCGGAGGUGCCUGAUAACAAACACUAUCCCGGCAAUUCGGAAAGCCUGAACUUCCUAUUCAUUCCACUGGCUGUCCUCAUUACCGUGAUGCUCCUAUCAGUUAUGGUGUACCUAAUGGCCAGGAAGAAGCAUAAGAUCUUCCACAAGCAUGCCUACGUGCCGAGCUUCUCGUUCGAUUCGUCGGAUCUCGAAGACGACAAUGACCUGGAAACGGAACACUUACUGAAAGGUAAGCUUCGCCUAGAUGAACCGUACUUCAAAGGAAUCAAUAGUAGCCGAACAUACACCAGUGGCAAUGAACUGUACGCUUAAAGAAGGCUGAAGCAACAGCUUGAUAAUCUCUACGCCUCCUGAAGAAGAUGCCAUAAUUGAUGCUGGUCCAAUCGACUGGUAUUAGCCGCUCAUGUUAGUAUUACGAGUUAGUAUUUAUUCGCAACCCAGGCAUACACGAACACCAAAAAAAUAAUCCAUUUAUUUUAUGUGAUAAGUGCUUUUUUCUUAUUAUUGUUUAUUGUUACCAAUUUGUCUCUUUGGAAUCUACCAUACUAUUAUUAUAGUAAAAAAAUAAGCUGUGCUUUGACUAA